CAACGAUGCAGUUUUAGGGACUCCAAAUUGAAAUGUUAGUUUGACUGUUCUCCAAGUAUUUAAAAUUUUCAGUAACUGGUAGUGACACCAGCAACCCCAUCAGCGUGGCCAGGCAUGAGAGCUGAUAUCUGAGGAUUUAAACCACCAGCGCCACAAUGGAGGUCCCUGCCAUCAGUAACAACCUCAACCUUUCAUAUGGGUACUUGGAUCCCUCUGACACCCCUCCCACCAUGUCUAUUGACAAGCUCUUUCCAGCACUCCUGGAGUGUUUUGGGAUCAUCUUGUGUGGCUACAUUGCUGGGCGAGCAAACAUCAUCACAUCCACACAGGCCAAAGGAUUGGGGAACUUUGUUUCUAAGUUUGCCCUCCCAGCAUUGCUCUUUAAGAACAUGGUACUGUUGGACUUUGGGAAUGUCAUCUGGCCAUUUUUGUGGAGUAUUCUCAUCGCCAAGGUGUCUGUGUUUUUCAUUGUGUGUGUGAUUACACUAAUGGUUGCCAAUCCUGACACUCGCUUCAGCAAAGCUGGCCUAUUCUCCAUCUUUGCUACUCAAAGCAAUGACUUUGCUUUGGGAUACCCGAUUGGUGAGUGUUGUAUUAAUCUUUCCAUCCUUUCAGUUUCAGUCCUUUAAAAUUGUUAGCCUCCUGGCAGAACCUCAGAACAAAGGAAAUAGAUGUCUUGAUGUCAUACUUAAAAAUCUUGUUGAUUUGUGACAAAAAGUCUGAUUUCACUCUGCUCUCCUCCCUAAAAGGGAACUUCCUGAACUGUACCUUUCUUCACAGUUGAGGCCUUGUACAAGAACACACACCCAGAGUACCUACAGUACAUUUACCUGGUGGCACCAGUGUCCCUCAUGCUUCUCAACCCCAUUGGCUUUGCCUUCUGUGAGAUCCAGAAGUGGAGGGACCAGAGAGACCGGCAGCAGAGCAAACUCAAGAUAGUGGGUGUGGUCAUCCUGCAGGUUCUGAAGAACCCCAUAGUCUUAAUGGUUGUUAUUGGCAUUAUCUUCCACUUCAUCCUGGAUCAGAAGAUCCCUGCUUUCAUGGAGCAGUUUGUGGACGGCCUGGCCAACUCUUUUGGAGGAGCCGCUCUGUUCUACUUGGGCCUCUCCAUGGUGGGCCAGUUGGGGAAGCUCACCAGGUCCACGGUUGUAGCCCUUAUCCUGCUCAUUACAGCAAAACUGUGAGUGUUUCAGGGGAUUUAGGAUGGAUUGGUUGAGUUUAAGAAUAUUAGCCUAGAUUAUUACACAUGUAGGCUACCAUAAUGAAUAUUCAUAAUAGGCCUACAGUUCAUACACAUUCAUACUGUACCUAAAAAAGCAUUGUAAUCAUACAGUGUCAGGACAGCACAUCUUCUUGUAAUUAAGUGUUAGGUGUUCUGUGUAAUGUUAUUCCUCGCUGGUUAUUGACUCAGAACUAACUGUAGAUCUGUAUAGGUCUGUUACACACAAAGCAACCUUGGUACAUGACUACCAUUGUUUUGUAUAAUACAAACAUUCUUGAAUACUGGCACCAAUCCACAUUUCAGUAUUUUGACCUUCAAACAUUUAUUUAUUCUCAUACAAUCUUAAAGGGGCAAUCUGCAGUUCAAACAAUAACAAAGCGGAUACCCCACCACUGUUUUGGUAAACAGCUGAGGGAUGGGGCUGGAGAAAUGUAACAGAGCUAUGGAUGAACAGACUGACCAUCCUUGAUAUACAUGUUUUUGUUUUAACCAUGUUAUGAAGCUAUACGGUGCUUUUUUACAAUCACAUUGUUUACAAACAAUGGAGUCCAUGACAAUGGAGUAGGCAAAAGCACAAACAGAUCUGGGACCAGGCUACAAGCCAGACCAUUGAAAAUAAAGUAUCUUCCUUCUUACCUGAUGAUUCCUUGUGAAUGAAUCAGGCAUUUCUCUUGUAACAUUUCGUAAUCGUAACAUUACAAUGAAACUUAAUAACAUGUGUUUCUUCUGGAGGUUGGUGAUGCCGUUGAUCUGUCGAGAGAUGGUGGAGCUGCUGGACGCUGACAACACCAGCUCUAGUCUCGAACACUCCAGCCUCUCCAACUAUGCCUUCCUCUAUGGAGUCUUCCCUACUGCCCCCAGUGUGGCCAUCUAUGCUGCUCAUUAUAACAUGGAGCUACAAGUUGUAAGUCACCUACCCUGUCCUAUAUGGAUAGAAAUGUAUGUCAUAUGAAGACAUUGACAGUGUCACAUUUUCUUGUGUAUUGUUUUCAAACAGGUUACCUCAGGGAUGGUAAUAAGCACAUUUCUCUCAGCUCCCAUUAUGUAUGUUUCUGCAUGGUUGCUGACAAUACCAUGGAUGGACCCUAAGCCAUUGAUGGAUUCGCUGCAGAAUGUCAGCUUUAAUGUCAGCAUCAUCAGCUUAGUUGCACUGGUGAGUUUUUCCCUGCCUCCCAUCAUUAUGAAAGAAGAACUAUCAUUAACUGUAAUCUUUACUUUUCAACUGGCUUUGUGCUGGUUAUUUAUUUCAUUUCAGACAGGGUGGUCGGAUUUCAGGAAAUUAUAACCCACAAGCAGGUGUUGAUUGUACUAAAGCUUCUUUUCACAUUAUCCCAUUCAUAUUGUGGUAUUUGGGGCAAUUGGGGGACAGUAGUUGAGGGGGGUAUCAGGUGAUAUUGUUAGAUGAUACUAUCUAGACUAGGCUACAUUGAUUCAGUAUUUGAAAAUGGAAACAAUGAUAUUGAAAAGCUUAGAGCAGGGAGUCUAUGAACAGCAGGGAUAGGAAUAUGACUUGCAACCAGGCAGUUCAAAGUCAUCAGCAGGAUGUCUCUGUCUGGUGCCAAUAAUAUGAUACUUGAGGCUUACUUCCUCGUAUAAUGUUGCCUCAGUUUAACUUCUUCAAGGCAACACAAUGCUAGUAAAACAGCUGUCCUCCAUGAUGCAACACAGAGAGCAGCUUUUCAUGUAGGACUGUUUAUUUUCUGUUCUUGUUCUCAUUCGGCUGCCCAUUUUUUGACAUUCUAGACUGGUCAUAUGACCAUUCUUAUAUGCUGUGAUGUAGUUUCACUGAAUGUUACUGCUCUAGAAUGCAUAUGGUGUUUAUUAUGAUCUGGGAUUAUGAAAAUGCCAUUGCAGUUUACAUUAAGAAGUAUGUUAUCAUUUUCUGUAUGGUAUGUGUAGACAAGCAUAUUUAAUGUUGAGAUCUCUUAUCUUUUUCGUUACAGGCUUGGACAGUAACUGUCAUGUUCCUGAGUAAGAAAUUUAAGAGACUACCUCACAUGUUCACGGUCAAUCUGGUCUUGGCACAGGCAAGGCUUUCCUUUUGAAAAUCUGUUAGUUUUCACAAAACAUCCAUCCCAUAUGCAUAUUGUAUCAGUAUGUCCAUAUCAUUUUUGUAUUUUAUUUAACCUUUAUUUAACUAGGCAAGUCAGUUAAGAACAAAUUCUUAUUUACAAUGACGGCCUACCAAAAGGCAAAAGGCUUCCUGCGGGGACGGGGGCUGGGAUUUAAAAAUAUAAAUAUAGGACCAAACACACAUCACAACAAGAGAGACACCACAACACUACAUAAAGAGAGACCUAAGACAACAACAUAGCAUGGCAGCAACCCAACAUGAAAACAACAUGGUAGCAACACAACAUGGCUGCAGCACAACAUGGUAGCAGCACAAGACAUGGUACAGACAUUAUUGGGCACAGACAACAGCACAAAGGGCAAGAAGGUAGAGACAACAAUACAUCACGCGAAUCAGCCACAACUGUCAGUAAGAGUGUCCAUGAUUGAGUCUUUGAAUGAAGAGAUGGAGAUACAGUUGAAGUCGGAAGUUUACAUACACCUUAGCCAAAUACAUUUAAACUCAGUUUUUCACAAUUCCUGACAUUUAAUCCUAGGAAAAAUUCCCUGUUUUAGGUCAGUUAGGAUCACCACUUUAUUUUAAGAAUGUGAAAUGUCAGAAUAAUAGUAGAGAGAAUGAUUUAUUUCAGCUUUUAUUUCUUUCAUCACAUUCCCAGUGGGUCAGAAGUUUACAUACACUCAAUUAGUAUUUGGUAGCAUUGCCUUUAAAUUGUUUAACUUGGGUCAAACGUUUCGGGUAGCCUUCCACAAGCUUCCCACAAUAAGUUGGGUGAAUUUUGGCCCAUUCCUCCUGACAGAGCUGGUGUAACUGAGUCAGGUUUGUAGGCCUCCUUGCUCGCACAUGCUUUUUCAGUUCUGCCCACACAUUUUCUAUAGGAUUGAGGUCAGGGCUUUGUGAUGGCCACUUCAAUACCUUGACUUUGUUGUCCUUAAGUCAUUUUGACACAACUUUGGAAGUAUGCUUGGGGUUAUUGUCCAUUUGGAAGACCCAUUUGCGACCAAGCUUUAACUUCCUGACUGAUGUCUUGAGAUUCAAUAUAUUCACAUCAUUUUCCUUCCUCAUGAUGCCAUCUAUUUGGUGAAGUGCACCAGUCCCUCCUGCAACAAAGCACCCCCACAGCAUGAUGCUGCCACCCUCGUGCUUCACGGUUGGGAUGGUGUUCUUCUUUGCAAGGCCCCCCUUUUUCCUCCAAACAUAGCGAUGGUCAUUAUGGCCAAACAGUUCUAUUUUUGUUUCAUCAGACCAGAGUUCAUUUCUCCAAAACGUACGAUCUUUGUCACCAUGUGCAGUUGCAAACCGUAUUCUGGCUUUUUUAUGGCGGUUUUGGAGCUGUGGCUUCUUCCUUGCUGAGCGGCUUUUCAGGUUAUGUCGAUAUAGGACUCGUUUGACUGUGGAUAUAUAUAAUUUUGUACCUGUUUCCUCCAGCAUCUUCACAAGGUCCUUUGCUGUUGUUCUGGGAUUGAUUUGCACUUUUCGCACCAAAGUACGUUAAUCUCUAGAAGACAGAACUCGUCUCCUUCCUGAGCGGUAUGAUGGCUACGUGGUCCCAUGGUGUUUAUACUUGCGUACUAUUGUUUGUACAGAUGAACGUGGUACCUUCAGGCGUUUGGAAAUUGCUCCCAAGGAUGAACCAGACUUGUGGAGGUCUACAAAAAAAUGUCUGAGGUCUUGGCUGAUGUCUUUUGAUUUUCCUAUGAUGUCAAGCAAAGAGGCACUGAGUUUGAAGGUAGGCCUUGAAAUACAUCCACAGGUACACCUCCAAUUGACUCAAAUGAUGUCAAUUAGCCUAUCAGAAGCUUCAAAAGCCAUGACAUCAUUUUCUGGAAUUUUCCAAGCUGUUUAAAGGCACAGUGAACUUAAUGUAUGUAAACUUCUGACCCACUGGAAUUGUGAUACAGUGAAUUAUAAGUGAAAUAAUCUGUCUGUAAACAAUUGUUUGAAAAAUUACUUGUGUCAUGCACAAAGUAGAUGUCCUAUCCGACUUGCCAAAACUAUACUUUGUUAACAAGACAUUUGUGGAGUGGUUGAAAAACGAGUUUUAAUGACUCCAACCUAAGUGAAUGGAAACUUCCGACUUCAACUGUAAAACUGUCCAGUUUUAGUGUUUUUUGCAGCUCGUUCCAGUCGCUAGCUGCAGCGAACUGGAAAGAGGAGCGACCCAGGGAUGUGUGUGCUUUGGGGACCUUUAACAGAAUGUGACUGGCAGAACGGGUGUUGUAUGUGGAGGAUGAGGGCUGCAGUAGGUAUCUCAGAUAGGGGGGAGUGAGGCCUAAGAGGGUUUUGUAAAUAAGCAUCAACCAGUGUGUCUUGCAACGGGUAUACAGAGAUGACCAGUUUACAGAGGAGUAUAGAGUGCAGUCAUGUGUCCUAUAAGCAGCAUUUGUAGCAAAUCUGAUGGCCGGAUGGUAAAGAACAUCUAGCCGCUCGAGAGCACCCUUACCUGCCAAUCUAUAAAUGACGUCUUCGUAAUCUAAUCUAGCAUGGGUAGGAUGGUCAUCUGAAUCAGGGUUAGUUUGGCAGGUGGGGUGAAAGAGGAGCGAUUACGAUAGAGGAAACCAAGUCUAGAUUUAACCUUAGCCUGCAGCUUUGAUAUGUGCUGAGAGAAGGACAGUGAACCGUCUAGCCAUACUCCCAAGCGCUAAACCCUCAGAGGUAGUAAUCACACCGUUGGGGAGAGGGGCAUUCUUCUUACCAAACCACAUGACCUUUGUUUUGGAGGUGUUCAGAACAAGGUUAAGGGCAGAGAAAGCUUGUUGGACACUAAGAAAGCUUUGUUGUAGAGCAUUUAACACAAAAUCUGGGGAGGGGCUAGCUGAGUAUAAUACUAUCAUCUGCAUAUAAAUGGAUGAGAGAGCUUCCUACUGCCUGAGCUAUAUUGUUGAUGUAAAUUGAGAAGAGUGUGGGGCCUAGGAUCGAGCCUUGGGGUACUCCCUUGGUGAUGGGCAGUGGCUGAGAUAGCAGAUGUUCUGACUUUACACACUGCACUCUUUGAGAGGGGUAGUUAGCAAACCAGGUCAAAGACCCCUCAGAGACACCAAUACUCCUUAGCCGGCCAACAAGGAUGGAAUGGUCUACCGUAUCAAAAGCUUUGGGCAAGUCAAUAAAAAAUAGCAGCACAACAUUGCUUAGAAUCAAGGGCAAUGGUGACAUCAUUUAGGACCUUUAUGGUUGCAGUGACACAUCCAUAACCUGAGCAGAAACCAGAUUGCCUACCAGAGAGAAUACUAUAGACAUCAAUAAAGCCAGUCAGCUGAAUAUUGACAAGUUUUUCCAACACUUUUGAUAAAUAGGGCAAAAUAGAAAUUGGCCUAUAACAGUUAGGAUCAGCUUGAUCACCCCCUUUAAAUAAAUGACGCACCGUGGCUGCUUUCCAAGCAAUGGGAACCUCCCCAGAGAGGAGAGACAGGUUAAAAAAGGUCAGAGACAGGCUUGGCGAUCAUAGGGACUGCAACCUUAAAGAAGAAAGGGUCUAAACCAUCUGAACCAGAUGGUUUUUUGGUGUCAAGUUUAUGGAGUUCCUUUAGCACCUCAGACUCAGUGACCGGCUGCAGGGAGAAACUUUGUAGCGGGGCAUGGGAAAAAGAGGGAGGAGCAUCAGGACUAGUCACAUUAGAAGGACUGGGAGAUGAGGAAAUGUUGGACGGGCAAGGAGGCAUGGCUGAGUCAAAUAGGAAUCCUGACUUAAUGAAAUGGUGAUUAAAGAGCUCAGCCAUGUGCUCUUUGUCAGUAACAACCACAUCAUCAACAUUAAGGGACAUGGGCAGCUGUGAGGAGGGUUUAUUCUCCAGGUCUUUCACCGUUUUCCAGAACUUCUUGGGGUUAGACCCACAGAGAGAGAACUGCUCCUUAAAGUAACUAGCUUUAGUCUUCCGGAUAGCCUGAGUGCACAUUUCUUACUCCUCCUUUGCCUGAACGAGAGCCAGUCAGCCUGUGUAAGCUGAAUAAUGUUGUACAUAUCAUAUUGUCCAUAGUACAAAGCCGUAAUAGCAAUAUCACUGUCUAAAUGUCGUCUUGUGAUUGCUUGCUGCUGUCUAUUGACGUUUUGCCUCUCCGUGCAUCUAGAUUCUAGCUUGUGUUGGCAUGAUCUUGUGGAACUUUGUUGUGAGACAAGACAGCUUCAUUGGACACGUGUUGACAUUCACACUGUUGUACGGCUCACUGUACAGUACUUAUGUAUGGCCAGGUAUGUCUGUCACACACACGACCAUCAACAUUAUAUUACCACCAUUUUCUCUUAUAGUAUGCAUUUGUGUUGUAUGUAUAAAGUAUGUUAACAUACUGUGAUUUUAAGUCUAGCAAUGAUACUCUCACCAUAGAGUGCAUGUUGUGUUGUUUUAGGUCUGAUAGCACUUUCCCUUGUGUUGAUGAAGAGAGGUGGUGAGCUAAAGGUUGCGCCAGGCUUCCUGGUGAUUGCAGGCUGGGGGUGAGUCAUGAGUUUUCCACUGAAUAAUUGAAUUAUUGGAAACAAAGGGACCUUUUUGUUUAAUCUGCUGCUCAAACACAGUUUGUAUCUGAUGUCAACAGAGUCCCAGCCCUUGUGGCAGCAGUGCUCCUCAUGACUGGGGUGAGGAUGCCUGACACCAUCGAUUCAGCUUUCUUCUAUGGAAGACCCCAGGUGAGACAGACUGGGGAAAGAAGACAGCACCUCUCAUAGAACAUGACUUCAUCAUCCUGACCUUCUGUCUUUGUGUCUUCUGCAGGUCAUCUGCACCUCAGUUGUGCUUGCCUUCAGCAUAGUGCUGGGCGGGUGCUCUUUGGUGGGCCUCCGUCGAGGCACGUGGGACUCAAAGUACCAUGUCCUGGAGAGAGACUCUAUGCUAGGCACUACUGAGGAUCUGAGGCCCCAGAGUGGCCCAGAUACCCAAACUAUCCCAGACAUGUUUGAGCCAGCCGGAACCGGAAGCAUCAACAGAGGUAUAUGUUAGCUGGAUUUAUGACGUAUAUAUUACUAGUUAAUCAAGUGUAUGAUGCUGAUUUUUUUUUUUUAUGUCUGUGUGUGUUGUCAGAGUGCCAUAUGUGUGACUGUGCUCUGUCCCAGCCCAUGCCUGAUAUGAUUGUCAGCACAAACAUGAAUGACACACUUAUCAUCCAGCCAGGUAGUGAUUUAAGAAACCUACGUUACAUCCCUCAAGUCUUCAUUUGAAUUCAUUGUGUCAUAUCUCUUCUUCUUGUAUACAAACUAUGUAAAAUGUUGUUAAACAAAUUUCACACUUCAAAUGAAUCAGUCAACUAACCUACAGUAUCAGUCAUUACCUUGUGGGUCAGUAACAGUGGGUCUGCUCUGUGGUCUCCCUCAGGUCAGUGUGGGACUGGCUGUGAGUCCCCAGGCUGUCUACUGGCCCAGGAGCAGCAGAGGCAGGUGGCAGACAGACAAGUGGCCCGCCAUGUGCUCCUAUGCCUGCUACUGACCGUCAGCCUACUAGCUGUGAGUGACUCACUAUUACAGAAUGACGCUGAGACUGUUGGGAAACCCUACUGUACUUUACUGACCUCUACUCUAUGUUUCUUUACUGUACUGUAAUGUGCUGUCCAAUCUUGUCUAUGAUUGGUUCAGAUUUGGACUGACAAAAUGUCAACUGCUUUUCAACGUCCAUGGAUAUCCGGUGUCUGUCUGUGGUCAGUGGGUGAGGACGCUGGUUACAUUCAAUGGAAAGCGAGGGGGCUCAUGGGUAGAUGUCAGUAAGAGCCGGGAGAGGUGACAUUAACCCAUUGAUUCCUACCGCGAUGCCGACACGAUUUGGACUUCUAACCCCUUUUAAACAUUGUGUGUUUGAGCUACAGACUUCUGGGUUGUACAAUUGGAUUCAUCUAUUUCUUCUGCAUCCAUUAGUCUGUGUGAUUUUUACAAAAACGUCUGUAAAGUCCGAAUGGUUUCAGCUACAAAUUAUUAAUAAUAAUAAUAUGCCAUUUAGCAGACGCUUUUAUCCAAAGUGACUUACAGUCAUGCGUGCAUACAUUUUUUGUGUAUGGGUGGUCCCGGGGAUCGAACCCACUACCUUGGCGUUACAAGCGCCGUGCUCUACCAGCUGAGCUACAGAGGACCACUAUUAAAAGCUAUCUAUGAAAAUAUUCUGGGGUCUCGGGACUGAUAGGGUUAUUAAGUGGAGAGAAGAGAAAGGUAGACAGGGAGAAAGACUGGGUGAGAGAGAGGGAAGGGUUGUCCAGACUGUUUUCACAAUUAUGAGCUGAACAGUAUGCCAGUGGAAGGGAGGGCAAUAACAGGUGACCCAACUGUGGUUUGUGACUAAUAUCAUUUCCCAUUUCAGCUAAUUUAGUCAUUCUGUUACUGAUUUUUCGGUCAUUCUGUUAUGGAUUUCAUAACAGAAUGACACGUUUAAAUCCCUUAAUAAAUCAUUAACAAAAUUGUUAUCAGUAAAAACACUAUAAUUGGUAGGUCUACCUUUACUUGUUACUUCUGUGAACUUUCAUUAUCCUCCCUCAUGAGGGAGAGAAAUUUGAACAUAUCUUAAAGAUAUGUGGGUUUUUUGUAACAGAAUGAGAAGACACUAGGCAAUAUUUCUUAAACUUUCAGAAGGCAAAUAAUUUCUGCAAAAUUAAAUGUAAAUGUUGAUUUUAGUUUGGAAGGGUCUUAAAGGGAUAGUUCACCCAAAUUCCCAAGUUACAUAUUGGUUUCCUUACCCUGUAAGCACUAAGCAGUCUAUGGACAAGGUAUGACAGCAAUCCAUGCUUUAGUUUAGUUUCCCUGGUUUCCACAUGCUAACGUUUUAGCAUUUGUGGCACAAAUCCCGUUGAAGUCAUGGAACCGAUAUUAGCAUUUUUUGCACAUCACGAUUCAAAACAUCUAUAAGUGACUUUGUUUUUAGAUACUUUCGGAUGAUUUGAACAUGAUGCGGGAAAAAUGCUAAUAUCGGUCCCAUGACUUGAAUGGGAUUUAUGCCAAAUGGAAACGGUGCCAGGGCAGCUAAACCAAAGCAUGGAUUGCUUUCAUACCUUGUCCAUAGACUACUUACAGGGUAAGGAAACCAAUGUGUACAUUUUGUUAACUUCAGCAUUUAAUGUGUUUUGAUGUUUUUCUAAUACCUUUUUAAGAUUUGACCUGAAAUCAAAGCCUUCGCUUAUUCCUAAUUUUAGGAUGAAUGGUUGGAAAAUAUAUAAGCCUUAAUUUCUCUAAAAUGUGCUCUUAGCUUUCAUUUGACACCAAAUUUGAUGUGCUCCUAUGAACUUCACAUGUUGGUGCUCAUGGGUCCUUUUACAUGGAAAUGGCCUUGUGCAUCAGAGCCUGUAUGUUGAGUUGUUUUACCGCUGUCCUGUCCUUCAAUUUUGGGUGAGUAUGAUGAUCCCUGUUUGAAUCUCUCUCCCCUGUUUUAGAACCUGUCCAGUUGCCUGUGGUGGCUCUUUAGUCGAGUCCCUGGGAGACUUUACUUAGAGCUGCAGUUCUUCUGUGCUGUGGUCAACUAUGGACAGGUACUGUACAUGUAGGUCUCCCUAGACACAUUGGGAUUUGGAGCCACUGUAUUUACUCAAUGGUGGUGGUGUUUACAUAUCUGUGUUUUUUGUUCUCAGAGCUUCAUCUCAUUCGGGAUUUUUGGGCUGGACAAACAUUUGAUAAUACUGCCAUUUAAAAAGAAGUAAGAGCCCCCUGACAUGCAUUUCAUACGAUCGAGUAGUGAGCUGUGUAUUGAAUAAGAAGCCUUGAGAAUACUUUUUUUUACCUGUGCCCAGGAUAUCCUGUCUGUGGCAUAGAAUGAAGCCAGAGGAGCAGCCUCAACUGGUUGUAUCUGAUGACAUCAUGAUGACCUGCACUCAAUUCAUCAGAUGCCACAAAGAGCAGUGUGUCCGGGACAUUGUCCAGAUGAACAGGUGAGGGGUCAAUUAGUCACCUUACAGGGCUGCUCUGCUCAGGGAUUCAGUAGACACUGCUUUUACUGUGCACCCACUGUGUCUUUCCUAAAACGGCUCACAGUAUAUAUGAAACCUCCCAUGUUAUGCAGUUAUUCACAACUUUGCGUAUGAUUUGACAGUCUGACAGUUUUUGUAACAACAGCAUUAUACCCAUUGAUCAUCCCUAAUAUAAAUAUUUAGUUUUGGUGCAUGGAUUGUGUUGAGCACAUCUCUCUUGCGUUUGUUUCGGUGUGCCAUCCUGGCUACGGUGCCUUCAGAAAGUAUUCACACCCCUUUACUUUUUCCACAUUUUGUUGUGUUACAGCCUGAAUGUAAAAUUGAUUAAAUUGAGAUUUUUUUGUCACUGGCCUACACCUAAUACCCCAUAAUGUCAAAGUGGAUGUUUUUUUUUUUGUUUUUUUUUUCUUCACAUUAAUUAAAAAUGAAAAGAUGAAAUGUCUUGAGUCAAUAAGUAUUCAACCCCUUUGUUAUGGCAAGCCUAAAUAAGUUCAGGAGUCAACAUUUGCUUAACAAGUCACAUAAUAAAUUGCAUGGACUCACUCUGUGUGCAAUAAUAAUGUUUAACAUGAUUUUUAAAUUACUACCUCAUCGCUGUACCCCACACAUACAAUUAUCUGUAAGGUCCCUGUUGAGCAGUGAAUUUCAAACACAGGUUCAACCACAAAGACCAGGGAGGUUUUCCAAUGCCCCGCAAAGAAGGGCACCAAUUGGUAAAUGGGUAAAAAAUGUAAAAAGCAGACAUUGAAUAUCCCUUUGAGCAUGGAGAACUACAAAGAUACAGGUGUCCUUCCUAACUCAGUUGCCGGAGAGGAAGAAAACCACUCAGAAAUUUUACCAUGAGGCCAAUUGUGACUUAAAAACAGUUAGAGUUUAAUGGCUUUGAUAGGAGAACUGAGGAUGGAUCAACAACAUUUUAGUUACUCCACAAUACUAACCUAAAUGACAGAGUGAAAAGAAGGAAGCCUGUACAGAAUAAAAAUAUUCCAAAACAUGCAUCCUGUUUGCAACAGGGCACUUAAGUAAUACUGCAACAAAUGUGGCAAAGCAAUUCACGUUUUGUCCUGAAAACAAAGUGUUAUGUUUGGAACAAAUACAAUCCAACACAUUACUGAGUACCACUCUCCAUAUUUUCAAGCAUAGUGGUAGUUGCAUCAUGUUAUGGAAAUGCUUGUAAUCAUUAAGGACUGGGGAGUUUUUCAGGAUAAAAAAAGAAACUGAAUGGCACUAAGCACAGGCAAAAUCCUAGAGAAAAACUAGUUGUCUGCUUUCCACCAGACACUGGGAGAUGACUUCACUUUUCAGCAGGACAAUAACCUAAAACACAAGGCCAAAUCUACACUGGAGUUACUUACCUAGAAGAUAGUGAAUAUGGCAGUUAGUUUUGACUUAAAUAUGCUUGAAAAUAUAUGGCAAGACCUGCAAAUGGUUGUCUAGCAAUGAUCAACAACCAAUUUGACAAAGCUUGAAGGAUUUUGAAAAGAAUAAUGGUCAAAUGUUGCACAAUCCAGGUGUGGAAAGCUCUUAGAGACGUACCCUGAAAGACUCACAGCUUUAAUCGCUGUCAAAGGUGAUUCUAACAUGUAUUGACUCAGGGUGUUUAAUACUUAUCUAAUGAAGAUAUAUUAGUGUUUUAUUUUGCAUUAAUUGUUUUACAAAUUCCACUUUGACGUUUGAGUAUUUUGUGUCGAUUGUUGACAAAAAAUGACAAUUAAAUCAAUUUUAAUCCCACUUUAACACAACAAAAUGUGAAGGGGUGUGAAUUAUUUUUGAAGGCACUGUAUCUGCUCCCUCUCCUUCCCUCUCUCUCUCUCAUUCCUCUUCGACCUGGCAGCUGUGGGGAGUGCCUAACUGGCCCGUUGGUGAAUCCUUCCUCUGACCCACAGGUGUGGGGAGAGGACAGUGGUGGACACUUUUCUUGGCAGUGAGCUGGUGGAGUGGCUGUUGCAGGUGGGUCUGUCACAGGACAGAGGAGCGGCACUGCUCUACGGGGUCCGGCUGCAACAGGGUGGGGUGCUCCAGCACAUCACCCAGGAGUACGGCUUCCAAGAUGACGAGCUGCACUACCGUUUCCCAGCGUAAGGUGGGCCCUGAGUAGGCCCAGUCUCAAGGGUUUUCCAGAGGCACAGAAUGAAAAAGGGAUCAGCUAUCUACCAGACCUGAAUCCAGGUCGCUACCUACCGAGCACUAGCAGUAUUGGUUGACUUGAAGAGUCUGCUGCUUUUUUAAAUGCUUGUAUUGUUUUGCACAUGGGUGUGUGCAGUCAUAACAAGCAUUGAGCACUUGUUAGUUUUCUUUUAAACUGACUAUUUUUUGUGAGUUUUUGUGUGGUACUGUAUGCAU